AUGGAAGCAGAUAGUGUACACUCAACCAUUGAACGUAAAUUACGUAAAAAACCGAUUUACUGCCCUCAACAAUAUGUUGAUUACAUUAAGAAAGCUCGCAUAGUUCCACAUCCAUACAAUGUUAAAUACAUAUCCCAUGACUUCUUUGGUGAAUAUAAGAAACUGAACUAUUAUUCUUCAAUUCGGCCUGGGACAAAAGCUGGCGAUCCCGUGGUUAAUGACAUACGUGUGUUGAAAUACUCUCCUGAAACUGAUUCUAGAAUACAAUACAAAUUACAUUUUGAUGAUAAUUUGCAAGAACUACCGAGACGUGCUUUCGUGAAUUACCAUCUGGUUAAGAUCCAAUGCAAACAAAACACAGGAACCCGGAACCAAUCAAGUAACAGUGUACCACACCAAGAAACAAACAUUGAUCAACUGGUUGUGCAACCAUCCAGUAGCAUCAGAAACAGUCAAGAUAAUAAUUAUGAAAGAAUGUCUGAUUUCUACCAGAAUGAUCACUCUUAUGAACUUCUUGAACCACAGCAAGAAACAACCAAGGAACAAUCAAGUACUCCAACAUUAUGUUGUUUUCCAAAAUGA